ACCAAAUUAAUUGUUUACCCCAUAGGCAAAAAAGAAGAGCGAUGAUUCUCAGAUUGAUAAAUCGGUCGGAAUGUUACUCUACUCGUUUGCAACGGGAAAUGUGAAGACGCCAGAAAGAUUGAACAUGAUGGUUGACUACAUUUACUCUGGAAAAAUUGCAUCUCAAGCUCAGCUUACAGGUAAGGCCAAAGAGAAAAAUACUUGGGUUCCCGACCCUACAUGAUUAUGAUUAUCAAUUGUUCUUUCAGCUGCAAUGGAGUAUUUGAAGGCCAAACCAGUGGACCCUGUUGAAGUGAAGGAAUUUGAAAAUGCUUGCGGUGUUGGUGUUAAAAUUACGCCUGAUCAAAUUGAAGAAUGUGUAAGUAUUAGUCUGUCAGUCAGACUCAGACCCAUUUAUAGGUUAACCGUUAAAUGCAACAGUCCUUGAACAUAUUCAUUUGGUUAUUUGAAAGUUAGUUAGAGGUCCAUUCAUUUACUGUUUGGUUCUUUUUUCAUGUCGACAGAUUGAGAAGCUUGUUGCUGUCAACAAAGAUGAAAUUUUAAAGAAAAGAUACAAAUUUAACACUGGCAUGAUUAUGGGUAUGGGAGUAUUGACCGUGAUAUCUUUGUAAUGGUGACUAAAUUCAAGGGUGACUCUCAGGGGUUUUUAGGGAACAAGCCAGGACAUAUUUUGCAACAGGAUUUACACAGGAACAAAGCAGAAAACACGGUCACAGGGCUGCAAAUAAAUAUUUGACUUCACAGGACAUUUGUCCGAUCACUUUUAAUUUUGGUCGGACAUAACUUGAAUUUGGUUGGACAAAAACCAACAUCACUACCUUUUGAUUGGACAUAUAUACGUCACAAGAUAUAUAUAAAUCACGAGACAAGUAUGUAUGUAUAUAGCCAUUCCGGCGCAACGUUAAGUAAAAUGCUAGAAUGCUUCGUUGAGUGAAUUUGCAAUCGGAUUUUGUCACAGCAAAAAAAGUAUAAUUUUUUUGUGAUCGGACCAAUGUCUGAUCAAAAUGACUUUUGCUCGGACAUUUGCCAAAUUUAGUCGGACAUUGCCCGAUGUCCGACGGUAAUUUGCAGCCCUGCGGUCACAACAUGUAAGCUGAGGAACAAUGCAACAUGUUGAAAUCUUUUUGGGGAAUAUGGGAAAAAAUGAAAAAUUUUGAAGUGGAUAUGAGAACAACCCCUUCCCCCCCCCCCUUCACAAACCUUAAAGGUUUAUAACAGUUGUGAUAUUGUGGUAUUGUUUUAGCCAAAGCCAGAGCAGAACUAAAAUGGGCAGAUGGUAAAGCAUUGAAAGCAGAACUUGACAUGGAGGUAAAUUAUGGAUUAAAGUAUAAUAUGAAAAUUAUUUUAGGAAUAUUUUGUUUUUGGCAUUGAGGGUUUACUGUUUCCUGAGCAUUAAAAUCUUAAAAUGAGUAAAAUUGAAAUGUUGUAAAAUGAGGAAAAUAUAGCCCUGUGAAGUUUGCAAAUUUUGUAUAUAUAUAUUUGCAUUACGCACUGGAAAAAUAACCAUUUUUUUGCUGAAAGUGGUUAUUUUUCCCGCGCGUAUUACAAAUAUAUACAAAAUUUGCAAACCUCACAGGGCUAUAUUUGCUUCAUGUUACAACAUUUAGCAACCAAUCUUUGCAGUUUUACUCAUUCUAAGAUGCUCUUUCUAGCUGUGGUGUUGGAUUUCGUACUUCUUGCCUAGAUCAAAAUUUAGUCUCUGGCUGGAGUAAUCCAUUAUAAUGCAUUUUUUUCUGAUACUCUAAUUUUUCAGCUCCUUGAUUUGCUGGGACCAAAAACUGAAGACGACAUGAAGAAGCCGAAAUCAGAAAAGGUGAAAAACUAAGCUGUCUAAGCCGUGUUUGAGGUUUCAUUUGUACAUUGAUUUGAAAAUUGAAUACAAGUCGUUUUGCCCCCGGGUCGAAUCGCCCCAAGUCAUUUCGCCCCCAAGAGGCUAAGUCGAUUCGUCUCAAUGUUUUGUUGCCAAAGAACUUCAAAUGAUGGAUAUAUUAAAAAUAUAGUCAAGAAUACACAGACAUAUAAAUGUUGUCAUUGUCACUGAGUAACUAUUUGCAAGCUACCGUUACGCGUGUGAUUUUUUUCAUGUUUACGUUUCAAACAUUUUAUAUUAUCUGUUUCAUUCCAUACAUACUUGAAGGAUGAGUAUAAUACCGGGACUGAGUCAUUUUUCUAUUUAUAAUUUGAUAUUCUUUCAUUUUUAAAUUAUUAUCUUUCAUAUUCUUAAAAACUAAUCACCGCGUUGAUUAAUACAGACUUUGUCAAACCUUUUCGCGCUUUUAAUUUGUUUUCGUUUGAAAUGUUACGUUUUGUCAGUAAUUCUGUCACCUUACACUGUAAUAGUGAAUAGGUUUUUGAUUUUUGCGCGUUUGCCGUUUGAUCCAUAUGUCCACAAUACUCGCAAAUAUGGGCUAGUUUGUUAGAGUUUGUAAGAGAUAUUAAAUUCACUAGCUAACUUGGGGGCGAAACGACUUGGGGCGAAACGACUUGGGGGCGAAACGUCUGGGGGCGAAACGACUUGGGGGCGAAACGACCGGAUACCUGAAAAUUUAUGAUAUUUUGACAGGCUCCUUCAUCAAAGUCUGGCAGUGAAGGCUCAACCGCCAAAAACAAAGCAAAGCCUGCUAACAAAGGUAAUAAUAUUUCCAACUUGGCGAUUCAGUGUAGGUAGUAUUCUACAAGAUGGUUUGCUGAUUGUGAUAAAGUUUUUUUCUUCUGCAUGUAGAAACUAAAACUGAAGAGGUAUCAUUGGCAGAUUUGGGUGGAGAAGCUGCCAAAUUUCAUCAGCCAGGUACAAAUCAUUCUUUCUCUUUUGUUUUAACAAUUUUAUUGAAAAACUUCCAACCAAACGGCUGUUGUGUCCGGGAAUAGGUCCAUUACAAAAAUAAUAUUGUUAACUAUAGGUGAAAAUUAUCUAACGCCUGGUUACGUUGUGACGCCAAAAACGAUGGAGCUAUUAAAAGAACAUUUGAAGCAAACGGGAGGGAAGGUAGAAUCAUUUAAUUUCUUAUUUAUGUCUUUUACGUUACGUUUGGAAUUGAGGUUUUGACACAUGGCACAAACCUCGCUUCAAAUUGGCGAUAAAUAUUAGGUUUAUAAAUGGUUUUUAUCCCUAGGUUGUGACGCGGUUUCCUCCAGAGCCGAACGGAAUUCUUCAUAUUGGGCAUGCGAAGGCAAUUAACUUCAAUUUUGGAUAUGCUAAGGUAUAUGGUUUAGUUUAGUUUUAGUUUUAGUUUAGUUUAGUUUAGUAUACGACAGUCGCCUAGCUACACACAUAAACAGUUGUACACUCAGAGUAACAUCACAAGCAUCAUAUUCACCUUAGUACAUUACACCAACACAGAAAAAAUCAAUCUUGUUGAUAUUAUCAGACUUGUAGCGAGGUUGUUCCAACAAGUCUGAUACAGUCAUGAUAUAACAAUGUUGUACAAGUUGUUUAAACAGCUUGUAACAAUCUUGUUGAUAUUAUCAGACUUGUAGCAAGGUUGUUCCAACACGUCCGAUACAGUCAUGAUAUAACAAUCUUGUUACAAUCGUAUGUUGUCAAUCUUGUAACAUUCUUGUUAUAUCAUGACUGUAGCAGACUUGCUAGAACAACCUUGUAACAAGUCUGAUAAUGCCAUCAAGCUUGUUACAAGUUGUUAACAGCUUUUAACAAUCUUGUUGAUAUUAUCAGACUUGUAGCAAGGUUGUUCCAACAAGUCCGAUACAGUCAUGAUAUAACAAUGUUGUUACAAUCGUAUUUUGUGAAUCUUGUAACAUUCUUGUUAUAUCACGACUGUAUCAGACUUGUUAGAACAACCUUGUUUUUAAGGCGUUUGGUACACGAGAAGCGACAUUUGAAACAGACCUUUACAGAAAAGAGUGUAUUUUUAGGCUCAUGGUGGGAUAUGCUACCUUCGUUAUGACGACACGAACCCAGAGAAAGAAGAAGAGAGAUUUUUCCGAGGAAUCCAAGAGGAUGUUGCUUGGCUCGGUAUAAGUUAUAUCAUGACGUAUAUGGGUUAAUCCAACACUGGGAUCUGUCCCUGUGGGUCUGAUAAUAUAUUUGCUUUAUUUAAAGGUUUCAAGCCGUACAAGAUCACGCAUGCGUCAGAUAAUUUCGACAAACUUUAUGAUUUCGCCGUUGAAUUGAUCAAGAGGUAAGAUCAAUCAAUCAAUCAAAACCUUUAUUCAAACACGGUAAAAUCUACAGUAUUGGACAAGAAUAACAUUUUGAAACAAAUAUACAAAGAGAACUAUAUAUAUAUUAAUUAGAACUGAUAAAGCUAUCCAGUAUAAGGCGUAAAAAAACUACCUGUGGUUCCGGUUCCCAACCGACCCUAUUUUUUUCUACCGACCCUAUUAUUUUUUCAACGCGAUUGACCGUGCGACCCUAUUUUCUCCGGGUGGUUGCGGGCUGCUGCCAAAAUGGCGUCUGUUGUCACACUAAUUAUUGAAAAAACCAUGAAAAAAAUAUUCAAAAAAAAAUUAUUUCCGACCUACCGACCCUAACUUUUUCGCGACAUGAAACCGGAACCACAGGUGUUUUUGUUUUACGCCUAAAUAAAAUUUAAAGAAAAAAUAUUUUCUUCCUUUCUGUGAAGUGGGCAAGCUCGUGUUUGUUGGUUAAAUGUUUUUAUUACUUCAGAAACAAAGCUUAUGUGUGUCAUCAACAAUACGAAGAGAUAAAGGGUCACAAUCCUCCGCCCAGUCCCUGGAGAGAUCGACCGAUAGAGGAAUCGCUUCGUCUCUUUGAAGACAUGAAGAAUGGCAAGAUUGACGAGGGAGAGGUAUACCGUUGUUUGCGUCUAACGAUGAACAAUUAGCCUUUCUCACGACCCAUUUUCCCGCCAUGCGAUGUUUUAGUAUUGUAGUUGUUUGUAUAAUGGUAAAUUUACAGUUACAACUUUUAAAACAUGCGACUUUUUAGUAUUGUAGUUGUUUGUAUAAUGGUAAAUUUACAGAUACAACUUUUAAAACUCGCUUUUCACGUUGUCUGAAUACUAGAUUCCCCGUAUUAUGUUUUCGUAGCGCUUUGCAUUGUGGUUAUAGUGGUAUCACUGAUAUUCAAGAUGGCUUAUUUUUUAUAUUUGAUUGAUUCAAUAAUCGAUUGAUUGAAUAAUACAAUAGAUUAAUUUUAAUUUCAAGAUUGAUUGAUUGAAUUGAUUGGUAAAUUAAUUUAUUGAAUGGAUGAUUGUAUUGAUUGGUUACCGAUAUUAAUAAUAUUCCAUAAUAUAAUCAAGUAAUUAAUUAAUAAUAAUUAAUAAUUAGUAUUUAUAAUUAAUUAGUAAUAUAAUAUAAUAUAAUAAUAUAAUUAAUUAUAUAAUGUAAUUAAUAAUAUAGUAUAAUAUAAUAAUUAAUUAAUAAUGUAUUUAAUUAAUUGGAUAUUUGAUUGAUUAGAUGUUUUAUCGAUCAGAUAAUUUAUUGAUUGAUUUAUUGACUAAUUUUAAAACUAGGCAAGGAGAUGCAAAUAAAUCACCACAGCUAGAAAGAGCAAACUAAAAUUAGUAAAAUUACAAAGUUUGGUUGCGAAAUGUUGUAAAAUGCGGAAAAUAUAGCGUUGCAAAGUUCGCAAAUUUUGUAUACUUUUUUGUUGCGUGCGGAAAUUCCUACCAUAUUCCUACCACAUUUGGGAUGAAAAUGGUAACAAUUUUCUUUCUUGACAGGCGACGCUUCGUAUGAAAUUCACAAUGGAUGAUGGAAAGAUCGACCCAGUCGCAUAUCGUAUGAAGUUUACACCUCAUCCGCAGUCUGGUGAUAAGUGGUAAGCCCAUUGUCUGUUUGGCAAGAGAAAUAUUACUACAGGACACGGGAAAACCUAACAUUGUCUAUUUUCUCUAGGUGUAUUUAUCCCACAUACGACUUCACUCACUGUAUUUGUGACUCGAUUGAAAAUAUAACGCAUUCUUUAUGCACCAAAGAAUUUCAAAACAGGUAAACAUAGCCUAGUCCCAGGCCUUCCCGCUUGACCGGAGUCGGAUUUUGAACCACAGCAGCGAAGGAAAACCAGUCUGAUAUUAUUCCUGGUUGCUGUGAAAUAGCAAACUUCAAAUUUACUUUUAUUUUUUAGACGCUCAGCGUAUUAUUGGUUGAACAACUCUCUGGAUAUUUACUGCCCUGUGCAGUGGGAAUAUGGAAGAUUAAACAUGAAUUAUUCUGUUGUUUCAAAACGAAAAAUCGCGAAAUUGAUACACGAAGGAAUUGUGAAGUGAGUGAAUGUUGUUUGUUCGUUUAUUCAUGCAGGGAUGGAUCCAGCAUGAUCUGGUAGGGGGUGCCGACUGCCGAGUUGUGUCGGUGAUGUAUGCCGCCCGCCCAUCAACUACUGUAUUUGAAUUGUAAUUGACCAUUUGCAUUAUAGACUAAAUUUUGAUCUAGACAAAAAUUUCAUCACAGCUUGAAAGAGCAUCACAAAAUUAGUAAUAUUCCAAAGUUUCGUUGCGAAAUGUUGUAAAAUGCGGAUAAUAUAGCCUUGCGAAGUUUGCCGUUUUUCAGUCAUUUUGUAUUACGCACAGGAAAUUGACAGCCCAAUCGGGCGUUGGGGCAUCAAUUUCCCGUUUGUAAUACAAAAUGACUGAAAAUUGCAAAUUUCGCAAGGCUAUAUUAUCCGCAUUUUACAACAUUUCGCAACGAAACGUCGGAAUAUUACUAAUUUUGUGAUGCUUUUUCAAGCUGUGAUAAAAUUUUUGUCUAGAUCAAAAUUUAGUCUAUAAUGCAAAUGGUCCAUUGUUGUUCUCAAAUUACUGUAUCUCAUUUUGUCUUUUUUGCUUUAUCAUGAAAAAUAACACCCCCUGCACUUCCUCUGGUUUGGAGGGCGCACCCCCCCCCUCCCCGCACCCCCAGUAAAUCCAUCUCUGUAUUCAUGUAAAAAGGACUUAUAUAACUUGGUAACUAUAAACUUUCAGAGAUUGGGACGACCCAAGAUUGUUCACGUUAACCGCAUUACGUCGAAGAGGAUUUCCACCUGAAGCGGUCAAUGCAUUUUGUUCAAAGGUAAAAUACGACUUGUAUUCUUAACAGUAUAUACACACGCCUAUAUAUGCACACGCUUCAUGGGCUGCUUAUGGUUGCAUUCAACAAUGUUAGAUGUCGAGUCAACACGUUUGAUUGGAUUGAAAGGCCUUGAUAUUUAUGUACGUAGUAUUGUAUUUUUGUUCAUUUUGCUUAAGGUCGGUGUAACAAUGGCUCAGGUCACCAUAGACCCAGAGAUGUUAGAAUCUUGUGUAAGAGAUGUUCUAAAUAAUACCGCUGUAAGGUAAGGAGAAACUUAGAUUUUUUAGAAAAUCCAUUUUUUUAGAAAUUAAGUAAACAAGUUCAUUUCUUGCCGCUCGAUAUAAGACAAGAUAAGAUAAGAUAAGAUAAGAUGAGGUAUUUUAUUUUCGUUCCAGAGUUAUGGCUGUGUUCGAUCCUAUAAAAGUGACCAUUACAAAUUUCCCUUCAGACAAAGUAAGAAGAAUAGUUUAUUGAACUAAAACAACAUUAUUUAGUACUUUAAUAAACUAACCUUAUUUAUACUGGUUAGUUCUAUACCAGUUCUAAACUGUUCUUCCUAGAGAUCCAGUAAGGAUUAUCUCUUAUUGAUCCAGUGUUACUACAGGAGGAAAUCUAAAUUAAACAAACUUUAUUUAUACUGGAUAGCUCUAUCAGUUCUAAACUGUUCUUCCUAGAGGUUCAGUAAGGAUAAUCUCUUAUUGAACCAGGGUUACUACAGGAGGAAAUCUAAACUAAACAAACUUUAUUUAUACUGGAUAGCUCUAUCAGUUCUAAACUGUUCUUCCUAGAGGUCCAGUAAGGAUCAUCUCUAUAUUGAUCCAGUGUUACUACAGGAGGAAACCUAAACUAAACUAACUUUGUUUAUACUGGAUAACUCUAUCAGUUCUAAACUGUUCUUCCUAGAGGUCCAGUAAGGAUCAUCUCUAUAUUGAUCCAGUGUUACUACAGGAGGAAACCUAAACUAAACUAACUUUGUUUAUACUGGAUAACUCUAUCAGUUCUAAACUGUUCUUCCUAGAGGUCCAGUAAGGAUCAUCUCUAUAUUGAUCCAGUGUUACUACAGGAGGAAACCUAAACUAAACUAACUUUAUUUAUACUGGAUAACUCUAUCAGUUCUAAACUGUUCUCCCUAGAGGUCCAGUAAGGAUCAUCUCUUAUUGAUGCAGUGUUACUACAGGAGGAAACCUAAACUAAAAUAGCUCUGUGAGUUCUAAUUAAUCCCAAUAUCUCUUUCAGCCUAUACAGAUAACUGUGCCAAAUAUCCCUCAUGACGAAUCUAAGGGAUCUCAUCAAAUUCCUUUCGAUCGAGUCACGUAUAUCGACCGCUCCGACUUCAAAGAGGUAGUGUAUGAUGUUGAAAGAAGUUCCGUGCUGUUCUAAACUAACUUAUCACAUGCACUUAUGUUUUCUUUCUAAUUUCCCGUCUUACAAUUUGCCGAAGGUGAACGAGAAAGGUUACAAAAGACUGAGUCCAGAGCAAAGUGUUGGAUUACGUCAUGCGGGUUACGUCAUCUCGGUACAGGAAGUUAUCAAGGUACUGGGGACGUAAAUUUGAAUUUUACAUUAAAGUUAGAAACAUCAGAUUAGAACAUUUCAUUAGAACAUCCGUAAUUACAUUGUUACAGGAUUGCAAACAAGUUGUUACAAAUCUGUUCACAAGCUGUCGACAAGUUGUGUUCGCACUGCUUGUUCCCAGUUGUUGGAACAAGUUUGGAACAAGCUGUUAACCACUUGUAACAAGCUUGAUGGCAUUAUCAGACUUGUCACAAGGUUGUUCUAACAAGUCUGAUACAGUCAGUCAUGAUAUAACAAGAAUGUUGCGUGCAAGGUUGAUGACACAAGGUUGUAACAAUAUUGUUAUGUUGUGACUUUAUCGGACUUGUUGGAACAACCUUGCAACAAGUCUGAUAAUAUCAACAAGGUUGUUACAAGUUGUUAACAGCUUGUUCCAUACUUGUUGACAACUUGGGACAAGCAGUGCGAACACAACUUGUUGACAGCUUGUUGACAGACUUGCUACAAGAUGUGAGAAUUUUGCGCGUGUAUGCAAUAAUUUUCUCCCAUGAAUUGCGUCAGAAAGAUUACCAGUUAGUCAUGGCGGUCUUCCGGCAUCAUUUUGGAACAAUCGAUACUCCAUCCAGUUUUGUAUCCAGAUCAGUAAUCCAGUUUUAACCUCUAUUUUCUCCAUAGGACGCCCAAGGCAACGUGACAGAACUCAAAACUACAUGCGAAAGUGUAUCUAAAACGGCAAAACCAAAAGGUUUCAUUCACUGGGUGUCCUCGCCGAUAUCUUGCGAAAUACGAAUAUAUGAACGAUUGUACGUAUAUUAAGAUUUGCUUUUAUGUUGUUUUAUUUGAAAUCCUGGCAUUUGUAACGGUUUGUUGACUUGUAGCAAUGCUGUUCCAACUGCUUGUUCCCAGCUUGUUGACAAGUUGUUGUCAAUGGCUGUUGACAAUUCGCUACAAGGUUUCUGAGCUCAACCGACUUGUUACGAGUUGUUCCAACAAGUUGUGAGUGACAACCUUGUAGCAACUUGAUAAAAUAACAACAUUGUUACAACUUGUUGACAAGCUUGCUACAAGUCUGUUGCGAACACAUCUUGUUGACAAUUAUUUGUGAGAUUUACAAUUACCUAUAUCGAGUGCACAUGGCCAAAAUCCUUUAUUAACAUAAUAAACUUUUUUCGUGUUUGAUUAUAUAUAUUUGUACUUGUAUGUGUAUUUUAAUCCAUAUAUAUUUUUUAUUUCAAGGUUUAAACACAAAUUUCCAGAGGACCCUAACGUAGUCCCGGGAGGAUUUUUAUCAGAUUGUAAUAAGGUAUGACAGAGACGAAGAUGAUCAUGAAAUCUCAAACUCAUUAAUAAUUCAUGAGUAAAUUAGCCAACCAUAUUGCUUUAUUUUGCUCACAUGAUACCUGUUGAAGUAUAUUGGUCCAGUCCUAGGUAGGGAUGAGCCGAUAAGGAAAAUUGCCGAUUACUGAGGCCGAUUAUUUAUAAGUCAAUUAUUGUAACUAAUCGGCCGAUUAAUCGGUACCCACCGAUUAUUUUAAAAAGCAAGGGAAAAAUCACAAGAUGACCAACAAUGAAGUUGUAAAUGCGGUUUUAUUGUUUACAAUACACACUUUGUACAAUUAAAAACAGCUUCAGUCUCUCAUGUCAAUAGUCAAAGUUUAAUUUUGGCAGAUUAUGGUGUAAAAACAAGGCACUGUCAGCUAUGCGGAACUAGUCUGCUGCGUUUUUUUAGUGGAAAUGUUCUCAGCUUCAUUUCGCUUGAGACAAAAGACACAGGUUUGGCAACAAAAUGUGAAAAUCUAUUCGCUUGUAUUCAGUAUUUUAGCAUGUGAUUGGCAGCUGCAGAAAAAGUCUUAUGGAAUAUAAUCUUAAGUGCUCUCUUUUUGAAUCGGUCCAAAAGAGAGCACUUAAGAUUAUAUUCCCUGACAUUUCUUAUUAUGAAGCAUUGCAGUCCUCAAAAAUCAAAACUUUGGAAUGUCGAAGAGAUGAGUUAUGUAGGAGAUUUAUCAACUCAACCCGGAAGAUAGCCUGUAAUAACAAUCCAGUCUAUAACAUAAUUAGACCCUCCCGAUCACUUGGCGAACAUGAUUACUUUUUACGUAGACCAAAUAAUAGUGCAACUGUGAGAACCUUCACUGAACGUUUCGAUAACUUUAUCACUAUUAAAUAUAUGUAAUUGUCCAAGUUUAGUCCUUUAUAUAUUGUAAUUAUGUAAAUAUGAAUUUAUACUGCAUGCUCAUAUUAUAUUUAUAUAUGUUAAAAUGUUAAUAUGCAAAUUAGUUCAUAACAUAGAAACAAUUGUAUAAUUCAGUUUUUACUGCAAAACAAUUGAUCAAUAAACAGAUAUUAUUAUUAUUAUUAUUAUUUGCCGAUUAUCAGGCAAUAAUCGGCCGAUUACCGAUUAUUUAAAAAACGGCCGAUUAAUCGGCUUUGCCGAUUAUUUACCGAUUAAUCGGCUCAUCCCUAGUCCCAGGACUAGUUCAAAAUUAAUUCAGUCCUUGGACUGGAUUAAAAUUAAUUCACCUUACUUUAAGUACUGAUUUAUUCGUAUGAGAUGUCCUCGGCUUCGCCUCGGACUGGAUCAAAUUGCGCGGACUUGAAAUCUGGUCCAGUUCGAAUUGGAGGAUUUGAAACUGCCUCCUCCGCAGGCCCUCGUUGUGUCAUGGGAAGGUCACGAUUUCGAGAGGGCCUGCGGAAUCUUGUAAAAUGAAUGAAUGUUGUUUUGAACCUACUUCGUUAAAGAAGGCAGUUUUAUUCGUGCAACGUUGGUGUGGACAACAAACCUUAUCGUUAAAAAAUGCUUCCUUCCACGUCCUAAGAGUCGCCAGUGUAAUUUACAAGUUUCACGCCGCUUUUUUAUAUCUGUUUAUAUUCAAGAUUAUGUAGAAAUUUACUUGCUGACGUGACGCCGGCGCCAUUUUUUUUACAAGAUUCCGCAGGCCCUCGCCAGAUCGUGACCUUCCCAUGAAGCAACGAGGGCCUGCGGAGGAGGCAGGAUUUGAAAUAUUAAAUAAAAUCCCCGUACGAAUGAAUAGUUUCCUGUCCUCGUUUCCCGAAGGUUGGCAAAUAGGCAAAACAAUGUUUUUGUUGAGAAAAUUUCCAACAUAAGUUUUUAAGCGCCGGUCAACGAGGGUGAGAGUUCAAUAAGUUCAUGAGAGUUAUAGCAGUCACGCAUUCAUGUGACGGGGACAUUUCAAGCUCUAGAUUAACAAAAAGUUUUUUUCAGGAUUCUCUGCAAGUUAUUCCAAACGCAUUAGUCGACAUCACAGUGAAAGAUGCCGCUGUUCUGAGUAAAUAUCAAUUUGAGCGAGUUGGCUUCUUCUGUAUUGAUUCUGAUAGUACGAGUAGCAAGGUACUGUACGCCUAU